CGGGAGGGGGCGUGGCCCUCGCGCGGCAGGAAGACGGUCGACGCCGGAAGGUGGCGGGGGCGUGGGCGCGCCGGCUCGGCUCGGCAGGCUUAGUGCUCGUCCCGGCGGCCUGGGAUGGCGGACGCCCUGAAUAAUUUUAAGAAAGACUACAGAGCAAGAUUCUGCCAUGGAGGAGGAAAUAAGGUUGAUGUACAGCCAGGUCAAAGCAUACUGAAAUUCAUAAAGGACUGCUUUGAAAGUUGUGACAAUCUUGCAAAAAGCUCUCCCAGUGCAACUCGUUGUUCAACUCCUGGUGUCAGAAAUAGGAAGAGGAAACAGAGCGAAAAGCCAGAGACAGGAUUAACUAACUCCGUGAAAAGAGCCUGUAAUUCUACAGAGUCCUUACCUCCAUCGCCACCAAAAAUUGUCAGCAGCAGAGGAUGGUCAGAUGAAGCACCCCUGAAGCCUGCAAUACAUCAUGAUGUAGCUGAUUCUAAAGAAGCAAAGUCUCCUGUGUCUAAAAGAGAAACAAAUAAUAUAUUAGAAGAUGUUAAAGCAACAUGCAAAAGUCCUUACUUAUUUUUGGACUCUGAGGAUGAUCAUGAGUCUGUUGGAUCACCUCUUGCGGAGGAAAUGGAAGUUUCUCCUAUAUGUGUGUCAUGUUUUGAUGACCAAAAUGCUUCUGCUGCAGUGGAGAGCCACGGGGAAGCUGAGACUUUGAAAGAACCUCAGACUGGGAGAGAUGAGCAGGUUGUUCACAAGCAAGGAACAGAACGUACUGUUGUGUCUUCUGUACAGGAAAAGAAGUCUUUCUCUUUGGUCACCUUAGCAUCUGUAAGAACAGGAACACUUGGAAAAAGGUAUGCAGCCUCAAUACUACCACCACCAUCAUCUCCUGUGAAAGAUACAGUAAUAGAAAAUGAAUGUGAAUUUUUAAUUGAUGAGUCAGAUGAUAAAUCUUUUGAUUCUUGGUUUUCAAUACCCCAUAAGAACAAAAAAUCAAAAAAAGAUGGCUCUGAAACUUAUGUUUCUAAAUCUCAGUCCUCUGAAAAGGAGAAGGCACAGAGGAAGAAAGGCAAGAACAGAGUACAGGUUGAAGGACUUACUAAACAGAAAAUGGAUGAUUUGGAUGUUGGAGUACCUGACUUGGAAGGAAUGUCAGAAUCUGAUCCAGUGUCAGAUACUGAAGGAAAGGUGCCUAAAUCUCAAAGGCAAAUAAGUACUCCUGUGGGAAAGACUAAAAAGGCUGCACAUAGGCAAAGCUCUUCAAAGCAGAAAAAGGGCACGUCCUGGAAACCAGAAGCCAAGGAGCGGAUGUUACAGUCUGGAUUGGAAACAAAAGCAUCUGAUGCGGAACAGUGUAAAACAAGGGUGAUGGCAAGUGAGGAUUUGCCUAUGCCCUUAGCUGGGCAUCAGCAAGAGCAGACUGUGUCUCCAAAAAAGAAUCUCAAGUCUUCUGAGUAUCUGCAGUCAGCUUCAAAAGCUUCUCAGCGUUUAGUUCACAAGAAACCAACUGCUAAGCAAAAAGUUCCAAAAGAUAGAGUAGCUAAGACACUGGCAGAAAGUCCAAGGAAGAAGCUUAAAAAAUCUAGCCAAAAAAGGAGUAAAAAAAAGCCACAGUUACAAAGGGAGGAGACUUCUGACAGCAAACCUGGUGAAGAAGAGCUUCAAAGAGAGCCUGUAAAUUUGACUGAAGUGUCUACCUCACCCCUGCGUCAGAAAUUACAGACUUCUGUGAUUCAGAAUUUGGCUAAGUCUAAAAAGCCUAAAAAGCCUAAAAAUGUAUUGCAUACAUUGGAGUCACAUAGUGGUGCAAAUAACAAAACUCCUGUAAAAACAUUACAGCAUCUCACAGGCAGUGUGAAGAAAUCUAAAAAGAAACAAGUAUCAGCCAAAAAGAUUCAUUGCAGAACCAGUAAAGAUGUUUGCCCAGACCCUGAGGACACUGAGUCUCAAACAGAUUCGGACGACUCUUCUAUACAGGACUUGGCAAGAAAAAAAGGGAAGUUACCAGAUGUGAAAAUAAAAAAGAACGUGAGAAAAUGUAACAUGCAACGUAGACUACAAGAUUCAUUUGCAGAUGAGAAGGUUAUAGGUCAUGAAAGUGGGGCUGUUCUAGAACAUUGUGAUAAAUGCUCUUCCAGAAGUGAGUCUUAUGAACCGGAAUAUACAUCUUCAGAUAAUUCUGAAGACUUGAAUUGUCAAAUAAGACAUCUGUUGUCAGAUGAGAUAGCAAGGCAUAAAAUAGUAAUGCCUUCCAACACACCUCAUGUUCGUCGGACAAAAAGGAUACGACUAAGACCUCUGGAAUAUUGGCGAGGCGAGCGUGUAAACUAUGCAAUGAGGCCUUCAGGAAGCCUUGUGAUUAGUGGAAUAGUGCGUCCAGAAACAGAACCUCACAGGAAGAUUAAACAGAAGGACAACGGUCACAAGCAGAAAAGACAUAAAAGAAGAAGUGAGGCACCUGCAAAUCUGAAGCACACCCUAGCUGAUACUUCUAAGCCAACCGUUGUACUGGACCCAGUAACAAAUAAGGAAGUACUUCUAGAAUGUGUUAACACUGAAAACAGUCACUCAUGCUUCUACAAAGAUGAAUCGGUAGAAAUAUAUAAAAACUUGAAUACAUCUGCUUUUGCCACUGGUAGAUUGAUUUUGAAACCAUUUAAAGAAAAGGGACACCAGUUUGUCCAUGUGGAUACAAUAGCUUUCCAUGUUAUCCAUGGCAAAAUUAUUGUUACCUUACAUAAGACAUCAUAUUAUCUGACUACAGGGGACUACUUCUAUGUUCCAGCAGGAAAUGGUUAUAACAUACGUAAUCUUCUGAAUGAAGAAAGUGUUCUUCUCUUCACACAACUCAAACACAGACUGAAAGAAGGAACUGUGAUGUUGGAGACCUCUUCUGCAUAACUUUGCCUGCAAAUUGAAGAUCAUGUAAUGCAAAGGAAUUCUAGAGAACACUGUAACUACAAUCCAGCUGGAAAUACAACCCAGUUUUAGGGGUACAUUCGUUCAUUGAUCUUGAAAGAUCUUUCUUAAGUGUAAAUGGUAAAUACAUGGUUUGUUACAAAUUAUUUUUUCUUUUGUAUCAAUAAAUAUUAAAUAAUGAAAAUC